UGUAAAUUAGAACUUGUUCUCAACUGGCUUACCUGGUUAAAUAAAGGUGAAAUAAAAAUAAUUUUAAAAAACAAGCUUUGAUGUUAUUCAGAAGUAACAUAUCAUUGUCUUCCUUGGUAAAGAAAGUAAAUUCUUACAGUGGCCAAAUACUGAUGUAUCUUUGUCUGCACUUUCAGCAUCUCUGAUACAAGUAAUACCAUAUUGAGCCCAUAUGUCCAGGUGCAUCAUAAUUGGUUAGCUCAAGUGAUUGAUCAGCGCCGGCUAACCACUUCCUGCAAGAUGGAUCUUUAUAGGUUCCCCCUUGACACCCAGAGCUGCAGCAUCACCUUUAGUCCAUGAUACACAGAGCAUCAGAUAUAAAAUUGCGGGCAUUCGCCAGCACCACUGCAGUGAACCACAUAACUAGGGAGAGCAUGACUACACUGGAUGAGUGGGGCUUCCUGGGCAUUGCUAUGACUGAGGAAGAACCAAAUUAUGGUGGUGAUGAAAGAUGGCAUUACCUAAUAUACAAGAUCACCUUGCGAAGGAGGCCACUAUUAUAUAUAAUAUACCUUGUGGUACCAAUCGCCUUUUUUCUUGUGUUGGAUUUGGCCUCCUUUUUCAUCAGUGAGGCCAAAGGGGAAAAGCUAGGCUUCAAAGUGACCAUACUCUUGUCCAUUUCUGUCCUAUUGUUGAUUCUCAAUGACAUCCUGCCCUCCACAGCAAACAACCUGCCAGUGAUAGCUCUUUACUGCAUUGUAAUCUUUGCCCUUACGGGCCUCAGCCUCCUUGGGACCAUGCUGAUGAGCUUCCUGAUUAAUAUGGACAGCAGGGUUGGUCAGGACGUCCAGACCUCUGCUAAGACCUGCAAAGAGACUCAGGAAGAGACUGAAUGCCAAAGAGAGCCUGAGAGAGAUGCUGAGAGCAGCCUGGAGAAGGUGGACACCUUUAACAAGAAGGACCUCGAUGGAGACUGGCUGAACAACCCUCACCUGCUGCAGCUGAUCCUAAAGGAGGUGCAGAACAUACGGCAGGAAUGGUUCUCUGUUAAUGUGAGAUGUGGCCAGAAGAAGCCUGGGUACUGGGAGAAAGUGGCCAGACGCAUUGACCAGGCUUACUUUUGCCUUUAUCUCAUUACCACCAUUAGUUUUCUGAUAUUCAUAAGUUUCAUGUGGCUUCACUAACUGUACACAGUGCAUUUACAAUAUAUGAGGAUUUUUAGGCUCUUUGGGUUACUUAUAUGCAUAAUAUUGGUACUUAAAUGGUAAAUAAUACUGGCAAAUUCCAAUAAAUUAUUCUUUAUAAAUAGCUGUUUCCCUGCAAGACCUGUAGACUAAUCUUCAUUACCUAACCUGACUUAGGUUCACUUGACUACUGCUUCUGUUGUUAAGGCUAUUGUUCAUGUCUGUGAUUGAGCUAACUGAAAUAAAUAAAUUACUAUUUGCAACAUAUUCAUUAAGUUGUUUCCAGUAGCGGUGCGUGGGAAAAAUCUAUGGGCAAGCCUCCCCA